CCGAAGGCGCACGUGACAGCUAAGCGCUCCGGUGUGCGCGUUUGCGCCGCUGCUCGUUUCUUGAACUGCGGUUCUCGCUCUUAUAAACUCGGCGGCCUUUCGGCGCGAACGCAGCCUGCUCCGACGUUCGCCGAUCCGCUGCAACGAUGGGCGCGAUUCGGUUAAGCCUCCGAUCGCCGCUGAGUUUCGUCCUCAUCAUCUGCGCCACUUUAGUGGACGCGGCGCUUGCGGAGUAUAGGAGACCCAAUGUUGUUUUGAUCCUCGCUGAUGAUUUGGAUGUUGCCAUUGGCGGCAUGAUUCCAUUAAACAAGACAAAGAGGCUAAUUGGUGAUGCAGGAAUAUCAUUUACUAAUACAUUUGUGGCCAGCCCCCUCUGUUGCCCCAGUCGUGCCAGCAUAUUGACUGGGAAGUACCCCCAUAAUCACCAUGUGAUCAACAACACCCUCGAGGGCAACUGCAGCAGUCAGGCCUGGCAGAAGAGCGAAGAGCCCGGAGCAUUCCCCGCCCUGUUACAGGAGCAUGGCUACCAAACCUUCUUCGCUGGGAAGUACCUCAAUGAGUACGGUGCUUCGGAGGCUGGAGGUGUGGAGCAUGUGCCCCCAGGCUGGGACUACUGGUUUGCACUGGAGAAGAAUUCUAAGUACUAUAACUACACUCUAUCUGUGAAUGGGAGGCCAGAGAAACAUGGACAGAACUACAGUGAGGACUACUUGACUGAUGUGCUGGCCAACGUGUCACUGGAGUUCCUGCAGCACAGGUCCAGCAAGCCCUUCUUCAUGAUGGUGUCCACACCUGCUCCACACUCCCCCUGGACUGCCGCUCCACAGUACGAAAAUAGCUUUGCCAGUGUCCGAGCCCCACGGGACCCCAGCUUCAAUGUGCACGGCAAGGACAAGCACUGGUUGAUCAGACAGGCAAAGACACCCAUGUCAAACUCCUCCGUGAAGUUCCUGGAUGAUGCCUUUCGGAAGCGAUGGCGCACUUUGCUGUCAGUAGACGACCUGGUAGAGAAAGUGGUCAAGAAGCUGGAGAGCACUGGGGAGCUGGAUAACACAUACAUCAUCUUCACCUCUGACAACGGCUACCACACAGGACAGUUCUCGCUGCCCAUGGACAAGCGCCAGCUGUAUGAGUUUGACAUCAGGGUGCCUCUGCUUGUGAGAGGGCCUGAUGUGAAGCCCAACCAGACAUGCCAGAUGCUUGUGGCCAACGUGGACCUGGGGCCGACCAUACUGGACAUUGCGAGGUACAAUGUCAGCAAGACUCAGAUGGAUGGCAUGUCCUUUCUGCCUCUCAUGAAUGGUAACCGUGGAAACGGCACCUGGAGGACAGACAUCUUGGUGGAAUAUGAGGGGGAAGGGCAGAACAUUACAGACCCCUCCUGCCCCCUUCUGGGUCCUGGAGUCUCGGAGUGCUUUCCUGACUGCGUCUGUGAGGAUUCCUACAACAACACAUACGCCUGUGUGCGCACAAUGUCCCCCUCUGGAAACCUGCAAUACUGCGAAUUUGAUGACAGUGAGGUGUUCGUAGAGGUGUACAACCUGACGGCCGACCCUUUCCAGCUUAACAACAUUGCCAAGAGCAUUGACCAGGAGGUACUGGAAAAGAUGAACCAUCGGCUGAUGAUGCUACAGUCCUGCUCUGGGGCUUCCUGUCGCACACCAGGAGUCUACGAUUCGGGGUACAAGUUUGACCCACGCAUGAUGUUUGGAAGCCACAGCCUUCGAAGGAGAAAGCUGCGUCAAGCGCUCAAGUAAGAAGUGGGACGGGAGUAAGAGGAGGAGCACAGCCAGUCUCUUUUGUUGCCUUGUGUCCUGUGGAGUGCCCUGUAGCUGCCAUGAACCCUUCUUUUCCCAAGACGGGUAAGGGGUUGGGGGUGGCAGGCUACCGUGGGGUGGGGUGGGAUUUUAUACACGUGGGCAACCCCAGCCAUCACUACAGCCACUUUUAAACUUGGUUGCCUUUGUAUGUGUGAGCAAUAUUCCUCUGAAGCCCCCAAAAAUGUCCCAAAAUGUUGUUAUACUUACCUGUAGGUUAGUAUUUGAUGAUUAUCAUUUAUUGGGGGAAUGACAGCAUCCCUUGUUUUUGUGACAUUUGAACAUAUUUGUCUUUGCACCUAAAAUAGUAACUUUGUGGGCAACUGGUGAGGUCAUUUACAGCUGCAACAAGACAACAUGCAUGUAACAAUUGCUAGAUGAGCUCUUAUGCUUUAUUACCACUGUUUUCUAAGAAAAUAUACCUAAAUACUGAGAGGAAUUAUUUAGAAAGGAAACUGACUUUUUGCCACUGAAGUAAGUUUUGAUACAGAGAUUUGGAGUUAUUUAUACUAGGGAAAUAUUUUUGAAUCUGACUUUUCCAGAGGGUUCAGAGGUACCACGUUAAAUACUGACAAAUGUUAUUAAAUUAUAAAUGAAACUACUACUUGCAAACAGUGGAUGUUCCUUAAACACAGCCACACAGUGUAUAAUUCUUCACCUCUUCAAGGUCACACUGAAUACAGGGAGUGUGUAGAACAAAGACAACCACCUACAACUGGGGUUUCAUGCUGGUGCGAAACACUAGUAUGUGCAGUCUGGGCUUUCUGCUAAAAAGGGCAGAUCUCGUGUCAGAAAUUGCACUGAACCCCUUCCCCCGCUGCACGCAAGCAUCUCUAUAAUAUUUGUAAAUGAGCACUAGCCACUGUAACUGUCCUGAGUGCAGUCAUACUAGCACCAAGGACUAGAAUGAGCCACAAUGAGACAAACUCUAGGCUUCUUUACACUGCAUAACAUAGUGCUCCUUUUUAGAAGUAUUUUUGUUGUAUGGGAGCCCUAACUUUUCUGGAAUUUGACAUUGUCUUGUAUUUCCUCAAUGUAUAAUGUAAUUUUGCUAUUUUUGGGUGAUGGGUUCUUAAAGGGACUGAACACUACUGAGCUUACAGGCAAGACAAAAAUAAGUUAAGGAAAUAAGGAAAUCACAAAGGCUAUGACUUUGAACAAUUUACAAUGAUUAUAUAAAAAACUCAAAUUUGCUAGUUGGCAAAAUUUAAAUGUAUUAGAUUUUGUAAAUUUAAGGUUACCUUUACUCAGAACAUUGAAGGAUUUAAUUAUCUGACACAGUAACGAUCUGCUCAACCAUUAUUAUGGGCUCAUUUAUAUGUCAAAAUGACUGAAGUGCUUUAUCUAGCAGUGUCACAGAUGUGACUGAAAACAGAUCCACCGCUGACCACUCUGAAUGCUUCUGUAUGUUUGCGAGGAUUCUAGAAUCAACCAUGAGGGAACAGGCAGCGACAAUGGUGAACAGGACUUGCACCGUAUAUACACACACACAGUUUGCAGUCUCCUUUCUGUAAGCCAAGCCCUUCGUGAAGUUUCUUCACCGAUGCACUUCUCAGAUGUCAUGACCCACUGAAUUAUUGCACAAUGUCCCCCACUCUUUUUCAGCAGUAGUGCAUUUGUUACAGGGUAAAUCUACUGGUCUUGCUUGCCUGCUUGCUGAAAAUAAAAGCAUUUUAAAUUGA